AGUUCCUUCCCCGCCCGUCUGGGAGCGAUGGUCCAAGGAAUUUGCGAGCUCGCCGCCGUAUGCGUGGGCCUGCUGGGGCUGAUCGGAGCGGCCGCCACCACCGGGAUGCCCAUGUGGAAGGUGACGGCGUUCAUCGGGGAAAACAUUGUGGUGAUGGAGACGCGCUGGGAGGGCUUGUGGAUGAACUGCUACAGGCAAGCCAACAUCCGGAUGCAGUGCAAGGUGUACGACUCGCUCCUGUUCCUGCCCGCCGAGCUGCAGGCCUCCCGGGGCCUCAUGUGCUGCUCCCUGGCCCUGUCAGGACUGGGGCUCAUGGUGGCCACGCUGGGACUACGCUGCACGUCCUGCUUCCGCCAUAACCGCAGAGUCAAAUCCGCCAUCUUGUCGGUGGCGGGCGGCAUGCAGCUGCUGGCGUCCCUCUGCGUCUUCGUCCCCGUGUCGUGGACGGGCCACGUCAUCAUCCGGGACUUCUACAACCCGCUGCUGUUGGACGCCCAGAGACGGGAGCUGGGAGAGGCGCUCUACAUCGGCUGGGUGACGGGCGCCUUUCUCUUUGCUUCCGGAUUAUUGUUCAUCGUGCGCCUCUCGGACAAACGCUCCGUGGACGUCGACCGCCACCCCGACGCCCCGAUGGCCUACCAGCCCGUCCGGAGUCUUGCCAGCCUGAGGUCCGAGCCCUUCCAGCAGCAAGGCCCUGCCGGACCCCGUCUCAUCAUUCCUCAACUCGCACCGGGCGACGUCACGCUCUACAACUCAACUGAAAGAUCGCCCGGCUCGUAUCAAGCCCGACAUUGGUCUCUGAGGCCCUCCAACCCAGCGGGGAGCAUAUACACGCCCGUCAACUCCUUCUACAUGAGCCAGAAGAGCGGCCCGUACGCACUCCGGUACAACCCCACCGUGUCCUAUUCAUCCAGCUACCGCCCGACGCCUCAAACGCCCGUUUUCAUUCAAUACAAAUCGUCCAGAAUUGAACCGGCAUCGUACAGCGGGAGCAGCCCAGGCAUGUACAUCUGAACAAAAGUACAAGUUGAAAAAAAAAAAAAAAAGAAAUCAUGAAAAUGUUUCGAACUCAUCGAUGAAUAAACUUGACUUGAUAUCA